AUGGGGAGGGUGAAGCUCAAGAUCAAGAGGCUGGAAAACAACAGCGGGAGGCAGGUGACGUACUCCAAGCGGCGGUCGGGGAUCCUCAAGAAGGCCAAGGAGCUCUCCAUCCUGUGUGACAUCGAUCUCAUCCUCCUCAUGUUCUCGCCCACCGGCAAACCCACCAUUUGCAUCGGCGAAAGAAGCAACAUUGAGGAAGUCAUAGCAAAAUAUGCGCAGCUAACCCCUCAAGAGAGAGCUAAAAGGAAACUGGAGAGCUUAGAAGCCCUAAAGAAGACUUUCAAGAAGCUAGACCACGAUGAGAACUUUGCAAAGCAACAUCUGAUCGGCCUACAGUGUGCUGCUGCCCAGUUCCAGACCGACAUGCAGUUGCCUCUAGGACUGACCGGUGAGCCGGGCCCUUCGUCGUGGUUCCAAAACGGCGGUGCCGAUGGGCAACAAGCCAUGAUGCUACCGGACGACUCCAGCCAGCUCCAUCAGAGAGACAUUGCUGGUUGCUCGUCACUGCAGGGCUACCCAGGCUACUUCAGCAUGACCAAGCAGGAGACGGACACCGGCGGUGGCAGCGAGCACGGGCAGGCGGCGGUGCAUCAGCCGCCACCGCCGCCGCCUGACUUCAGCCAGGCCGAGUGCCUGACGUCGCUGCACCUGGGCGCACAGUUCCCGGACGCACCCUGCUUCGACCACCCCAGCCUUUUCAACGACCGGAUGUUCAGGCCGGACGCAGUUGAGCUGCACGACGGUGGCGCCGGCAUGGACUUUGUUGGCGGCGGCCACUUCGACCUGCCCAGGCCUGGCGACGAGGCCAGCUUCCAAAACUGGGCGUCGGCGGCGGCAUGGGCGCAGCCAUGUUUGACCACCACCACAUCAGCAGGAGCAGCAUCACCAGCAACCACAGUCUUCAUCUGCACAAGUGAGUGCAUAAGUACAAACCAUUCUUUUAUAGUGAGGAUUACUUUCAUAACUGUCCGUUUUGCCAUAUGUGAACUUGUUUAA